GGGGGGAGUCAGAUGGAGGCAGAACUUCCUGUCUCUGCCUCUUCAUCUCUGUGCACUGAGAAAUAAGUGAAAGGAGUCAGAGACGGAGCUGCUGGAGAACCGGAGCGGAACAAGGAGAAGAGGAAGAGGAGGAAGAGGAGGAGGAGGAAGAGGAGGCUCGGAGUCAGCGGCGUCAUCACUGCGUGCGUGUGGAUUGUAAGAAGCGAUGAAAAGUUGUCACAUCAGAGCUGGAAUCUUCUUGUUGCUUCCCCGAAACUCUGACUGAUCCGGAAUUUCACUGGAUUUCGCGGAGAAAAAUCGCGCUGCACCUCGUGCGCUUUUACACCCGUGGAGUCCGUGUGUGUGUGUGUGUGUGAGAGAGAGAGAGAGAGAGGGAGACAGUGUUUGCAUGUGAGAGAGCGUGUGUGUGUGUGUGAGAGUGUGAGGAUGCUGGAGGGCAAUGCCCCUUCUUCGACAGGAUGAGAUUUGUCGAAAGGCGCUGGAGCUUCUGUCGGACCUGUGCUCCAGAGGGGAGGUCCAGGACGACCACUGUCUGGACUUCAUCUACUACUUCAGGGACCUGGCCAGACCGCGAUACACGGACUCGGAUGUGUCAGUGAGCCUACUCUCCCUGCUGGUGACCACCUGUGGUCUGGCGCUCUUCAGCGUCUCUCUCUUCGUAUCAUGGAAGAUCUGCUGGAGGCCACUGAGUGGCCGCUUCUUACCAGAUGUGCUCAAGGGGGCGCACUUCCUGGGGGGAGACCAGCAGCCCGUCCUCACAGAGGUGGACGGGGAGGAGCGGGAGUACAGCGAGGACGGCUGUGUGAAGGAGUCGUCUGGACUCCACUCUGCUGUGGCCGUCCCAGAGACGGGCCUGAAAAUCAGCCACACGUCGCCUGACAUCCAGUUAGAGACUCAGGCCAAGGUGGAGAAAAACCAGGUCCACACUUUGGCCAGAGACAGAGUCCAGAGACAGACGACUGAGCCGACCUCGUCUGUACGGCACAACUCCAUCCGUCGUCAGAUGAACUUGUCCAAUCCCGACUUCAACCUUGCUCAGUUUCAACGACAGGAUUCUCUGUCAGGCUUGGGCAGCCUCAAACCAGAACUCUACAAGCAGCAUUCCGUGGACUCGGAAGACGGACGCCACAGUGGCAGCUGUGGACGUCUUCAGUUCAUGCUCAAAUUUGACUUUGACCUGGAGCAGCUGAUCGUGAAGAUCCACAAGGCCCAUGACCUUCCCGCUAAGGACUUCUCAGGAACCUCCGAUCCUUACGUCAAGAUCUACUUACUGCCUGACCGUAAAACUAAGCAUCAAACCAAGGUGCACCGCAAGACACUCAACCCUGUGUUCGACGAGGUCUUUCUCUUUCCCGUGGCGUACGGCGAGCUGCCCAGCAGGAAGCUGCAUUUCAGCGUCUACGACUUUGACAGGUUUUCACGCCAUGACGUGAUAGGCCAAGUAGUCGUGGACAACUUUCUGGAUCUUGCCGACUUUCCCCGGGAGACGAAACUGUGCAAGCACAUACAAUAUGUAACCUCGGACAACGUGGACCUGGGGGAGCUGAUGUUUUCGUUGUGUUAUCUGCCCACGGCUGGUAGACUCACCAUCACUAUCAUCAAAGCCAGGAACCUCAAAGCCAUGGACAUCACUGGAGCCUCAGACCCUUACGUUAAAGUUUCUUUAAUGUGCGACGGACGCCGACUGAAGAAGAGGAAGACGUCGACGAAGCGGAACACUCUGAACCCUGUGUACAACGAGGCCAUCGUCUUCGACGUUCCUCCGGAGAACAUCGACCAGAUCAGCCUGCUGAUAGCCGUCAUGGACUACGACAGGGUCGGACACAACGAAGUGAUCGGCGUCUGCAGUGUCGGCACAGAGGCCGAGAGUCUGGGUCGAGAACACUGGAGUGAAAUGCUGUCGUACCCUCGGAAACCCAUCGCACACUGGCACCUGCUGAUGGAGGACAAGAGGAAAAAGUGGGUCGGACAGGGAGCCACAGGAAGUGGAAGUCAAGGAGGAUCCGUCACUUCACUGAAGGCACCGCCGUCUCCCUGACACACACACACACACACACACACACACACACACGGGCUCACGGAGUAGAGAGGAGUGGAGUACUGCAGUACAGCUGCCCCCUGGUGGAGACUAACGACCCCCCCCCUCCCCGCACUAACCUGCCCCUCACUCACCAACAUUCCAACUGAACUAACGUCGGUGGAGGCCGUGGACCGAAGGCGUUCUUUUUAACGGGUUGUGAACCAUAGGUUGAACCACGUGUCGGUUCUUUACUGCAUGAUUAUUGUCAUGUUCUGUCAGUGGGCGUGGUCUCAAAAAAAAGGAAAAAACAAAAACGCUGAAGCAACUUCGACGAAGGUGUUCGAUUUAGAUGUUUCUCAUUGGUUGUCAGCGCUCGGCUCUGAUUGGUUCGUUGAAUCUUUGUUGUUCUCAUCACAUUCUCCGUCUGUGAGGUUCCCGUUCUUCUGUGUCGCAGUGGAACGACUGGGUCGAGGAACAUCAACAGAACCUCAGAUUGUUUGCUAAUUCACAGCCACAUGGCUGUACUACAACACUGCAGUAUUUGUCUCUACCAGUACUACCAGUACUACCAGUACGACCAGUACGACCAGUACGACCAGUACGACCAGCUCCAUACAGAACCACAGACCCUCACUGUUGAGCUACGACCAGUUUAUGACGACUGUCGCCCUCCUGUGGACACUCUUCAUAAACUGUUUAUCAGAC